AUGCUACCGAAGUGCUGUUGGGGGUUUCCCAUUCUGACCGCAUUGGUGAUCAUUCUCGAGGGUCUUGCAGCUGACACGGAGCUCAGCGAAGUACGGAUUGGGUUCGGUACCUCGUUCAGUGCACGGCGUGAUGCUCGGUUCCAUCUCUACACACCGCUCAACCCGGCCGAUGCACACGUCUUCGCGAUCGACACGGUGGACACACUGAUGCGCUCGUUCUACAACUCUAGCCACCCCGUCAGGAUCAUCAUCCACGGAUGGUACAACAACGCCACGUCGCUGGUGAUCCAGGGCAUCAAGGAUGCGUACCUGCGGGCCGGUGCGUACAACGUGAUCGGUGUCGAUUGGGGUUCCGGAGCGGGCGAAUCAUACUUCCGCGCCGCUCAGUACACAAUCGCCGUUGGGCUCGUGGUGGCCGAUCUCGUCAAUCAACUGGUGCGCUCGAACAUGACCGAUAUGGACAGGUUGCACCUCGUCGGUCACAGCUUGGGAGCUCACAUCGCUGGCAACGCUGGUCACACGCUCAAAGCCUCCCAGGUGAUGCUGCAAGUGAUCUACGGUCUCGAUCCGGCGUCGAUCAACUUCUUCCAGGACGAACCGGAAAGCAGGCUCAGCACGGAUGACGCGGCGUACGUGGAGGUCGUUCACAGCAACACACAGCUCUCGGGUUAUCCGGCCCCACUGGGGCACGUGGACUUCUACAUGAACUACGGCCGGAAGCAGCCGGGUUGCAAGACGGACGUGUGCAGCCACGGCCGAUCGAUCGAGUACUUUAUCGAGUCGCUCACGAACACCACGAAGGGGUUCUGGGGCGUCAGUUGCUACGACUACGCGGAGAUUAAGUCACGGUCGUGCUACAACAUCAAGCAACAGGCCCUGAUGGGGGGCGAGUAUCGGCAGAAAAACGUGACCGCUGGCGUCUACACCGUCGAAACACUCUCCGAGGCACCGUACGCGAUGGGCUAUGUUCAUUAG